AUGCCAACCACGCUGAGCGAAUACCAUUUGAGGCUCAUCAGGUGGCAGACGGCUAUGUUAAAAGAGCUGCAGGUCGAAGAGGUUUUCUACCACAUCCCAACCGAGGAGUACCGCUGCUGGAUUCGAGAGGUCGAGGUGGCAGCAGGGCGUAGACUACCAGAACAGCAUGUUCUCCUGGAGAGCUUUGCAUCCCGAGUCAUGCAGCACGUCCAAGAGCAUGUACCUGCUUCUUGCAAGCUGCAUUUCAUCGAGCCCAUGAAGACGGAGAAUCUUGAAAGUCCUGUUGAAUCAUUCCUGUGGCCAUACCGGAAUGUGGAAAGCUUGACCGACCGCUCCGAAGUUGCUGCCUUUGAGGAUCUGCUGGAAGUACGUCUGGGCGAGGAGGCUUUCCAAAGGACUGGCCGCAGGAUCCCAACACUUUCCGUAAUCCUCGAUGAAGAGCACCCUUUCUAUCGGAACGGUGAACAGGGAUGCUGUGAGCUCUCUGUGAACAUCUCUUGA